AACAGGAGAGAGAGGAGCAGGAAAAGGAAGAGGAGAAAGAGGGAGGAGAGCAGGAAGAGGAGAAAGAGGGAGAGGAGAAACAGGAGAUGCUGAGGGAAGAGGGAGAGGAGAAGGUGCAGCUACUGGCGGGAGAGCAGGAAGAGAAGAUGCCCCAUCAGGACGUGGAACAGGAGGAGGAGGAGGAGGAGGAGGAGGAGCAACCUGAGGAAGAGGAGCAGACUGAGGAGCAGCAGCAGAGUGUGCAGGUGCAGCGCAGGGAACAGAUGGAGGAGCUGCAGCGCACGGAGACGGAGGAGGCCAGGACGCAGGACUUUGAGGAGCAGAACCACAACAACCAGGUCCUGAUCCGACUGAGAGGGAUGCAGAAAUACAAAAGUACAUCGCAGAGGCUGAAGGGGGUCCUGGAGCAGAUGGACCGGGGUGUGGUGGACCUGCAGGAACUCCGCAGGAACCUGGAGCUCGCUGCUGCCAUGUUGGACAGCGUUUACACCGACGAGACCAAGCGUCUGUUGGACACCGAGGACGAGCUCAGCGACUUGCAGGCGGAGUCCGUGCCCAGCGAAGUACGCGACUGGCUGGCGUGCACCUUCACCAGGAAGAUGGGCGUGGCCAAGCGGCGUCCUGAGGAGAAGCCGCGAUUCAGGAGCAUCGUCCAUGCGGUGCAAGCCGGGAUAUUCGUUGAAAGGAUGUACAGACGGACGUCCAACAUGGCUGGUCUGACCUACCCUCCCACGGCGUUGACAGCUCUGAAGAAAGUGGAUCACUGGUCGUUUGAUGUUUUCUCCUUCCACGAGGCCACCGGCGACCACGCCCUCAAGUUCCUGGUCUACGACCUGCUGACCCGCUAUGACCUCAUCAACAGGUUCAGGAUCCCGGUGCAGGCUCUGGUGCCGUUUGUUGAAGCCCUGGAGAACGGCUACAGCAAACACAGGAACCCCUACCACAACCUGAUCCACGCCGCCGACGUCACUCAGACCGCCCACUUCCUGAUGCUGCACACAGGACUCAUGCACUGGCUCAGCGAGCUGGAGAUUCUUGCCAUGGUUUUUGCUGCAGCCAUUCACGACUUUGAGCACACAGGAACCACCAACAACUUCCACAUCCACACCAGGUCGGAGGUGACCAUUCUGUACAACGACCGGUCGGUGCUGGAGAACCAUCACGUCAGCGCCGCCUACCGGCUGAUGGCCGAGGAUGAUAUGAACAUAUUUGUCAACCUGAACAAGGACGACUGGAGGGAGCUGAGGGCUCUGGUGAUAGAGAUGGUGAUGUCCACGGACAUGUCCUGUCACUUCCAGCAGAUCAAGACCAUGAGGAACGCCCUGACGCAGACUCUCAGUCUGGACAAAGUGAAGGUUUUGUCUCUGUUGCUUCACGCUGCAGACAUCAGUCACCCGGCCAAAGCCUGGCCGCUGCACUACCGCUGGACUCACAGCCUCAUGGAGGAGUUCUUCCAACAGGGAGAUAAGGAGGUGGAACUGGGCCUCCCUUUCUCUCCUCUCUGUGACCGCAAAGCCACCAUGAUCGCCCAAUCACAGAUAGGUUUCAUCGAUUUCAUCGUGGAGCCGACUUUCAGCGUUCUGAUUGACACGACGGAGAAACUGAUUGGUCCGCUGAUAGAAGAGGACAGGAAGGCCAGAGAGUCUGGAAACAGGAAGUCCAGUCUAACAGGAAGCGGUUCCGUUACCGUGGAGUCGGUGCAGAGACACAGUAGCGGGCGCUAUGGUAACAGCGAUGAAGGACAGAUGGACUUUUCCCUGACGGCCAUCGACCAGCCGGCUCUGAAGCUGCACCUGUCCGGCGUCAUCAGCAGCAACAAGGACAGAUGGAAAGAGCUGUCCGUGCACGAGCUGGCCAAUAAGGAGCAAGAAGAACAAGAGAAGGUGGAGUCUGUCAACUCAGACAUCCAAUCACAUGCCUCGCCCAGUCACAGUGCCCCUGAUGGACACACCUCUGACCAAUCACAGAACUCAGAGGGCUCCCCUCCUGAUGAAACACACAACGACAAGUCACCCGUCCACCUGAACUGGAACGGUACGAACAUGACCCCGCCCUUCAAUAGCAUUCAGACUCUACUAUCGUCCAUGCUUACGCAAGGGUCGGGGCCAGCGGCGGAGAAGACGGAGGACAAUGAUGAUGAUGAUGAAGUGCCUGAAAAAGCCUGAUGACGCUCCAUGGCGAACUUACCACCGUGUCUGACUGUGGCAGAUCACCGUGGCGACAGGAGGUGGAACGGUGCAGUGACAACGACACGGUUCAGACCCUGCUGUUCAAAGCAGCUGCUGACUCGACGGCAUCUCAAGUGGCCGCCAAAAAAAGAAAAAAAGGGCCACUCGACGUUAUGUUUACAACUGACCACGAACAUACCAGAUUCAAAGUGACGACAUUCAUCAGACCAACAGCUUCUUAGCAGCUUCGCGGCCCGUUCGCUGUGGUGAAAGUGUUUCAUGAUUUCAUUAGAGCAUGGGCGUCGGAACCAUUGUGUGUGGGUGGGACAAGACCCGCCCACUUUUUGGGACCAAUGAUAUCGCACCCACUCACUUUUCAGCGCAUCUGCCUUUUACUUUUCAGAGCGCCGUCAGUCAAAUCCAUUCCACUUGAGGAAUGCCCAAAAUAUAUUAAACUCGACAGUAAGUCGCGUGGUUAUGACACAAUCGUUAGCCUAUUUUUACAACAACGUCUGCUACGGGGCCAUAACGUGAGGUACAAGGUAAUGGAGCCUUUU